UGCAAAAUAUUUAAACGCAAAUGAGUCGUUAAGGCGCAAAGUUCGUGUGGACGCCUCUAAGAUUUGAACGGAAGAUACUUUUAGAUUAAAAAUAAUUGGUUUGGAAUUAAAUACUCAUAAACAUAUUUAGAAAAAACGGCGAAAGUAAUUAACUCAAUUAUCAAAGUGUUGUGACGAGAUCUCAAAGGGUAAAUUAAAUUAAAAUGAACUCCAUAUUCCCACCGAGCUUUUCACAACCACUACAAGCGUCUCAGUCCAAGGCCGCUCAGCUGGCCAAUCAGCUUAUGGACAGCACAACAAUGGUAGCACAAUUUGGUCGCCGCUUUGAACAACUUCUACGUACUGAGAAAUACUACGAUUGCGUUUUUCACAUUGCUGGCGCGCAGCUAAAAUGCCACAAAUUAAUAUUAUCCACAGCCAGUCCAGUUUUCGAGGCCAUGUUCUAUGGGCCACUUCGCGAGCAACAACAAGAAAUCGAAAUUUUGGACAUUAGUGCCGAAACGUUUCAAAUGCUUUUGAAUUACAUUUACGCUGGUGUCAUUGACUUCGAGACUCUUUCGCUAGAAGAGGCUAUCGAACUGUACUAUUGCGCUGAGAAAUAUCUAAUUACGGAUCUGACUAACACUUGUCUGUUGGCAAUAGCACGCAAAUUACGCUACACCAAUAUUUUACCUGCGCUUGAGCUUUGCGUCUGCAUGGAUCUGCGUGACCUUUUGGAGGUGUGCAUGUCGUUUUUCACCCGCUGCUGCCUUAAUAAUCUGCAAUUUAUGACAUCGCAUAAAAACCAUUAUGUGCAUGUAUCCAAAGAAUGCAUCAAGGCAAUCAUUGCAGCCAAUGGCAGCGAGAAGACUAGAAAGCAGUUAUUGUGGUUCGUAUACGAGUGGUGUCAGCACGAAUGCCAUGAAUUAGGCUUAGAGCAAGAAAAUUGUGCGCUGAUCAUCAAUGAUCUACAAUUGCCUACGUGCAGUGCUGUCGAAAGUGAAGGAGAUGCGCUCAAGUCGUCACAGCAGCAAAAACAACAAUGUAAUUUAAUCGAACGCAUCUACUUUAAGGCAUGCCGACCCUUCACUGUCACACAGGACAGCCACGAAUGGACUGUAUUUGUAAAGUGCAAUCGUUUUAUUGCAUUGCGCGGUCUUAUCAUUUGUAGUCGUUUGACGCCAAACUUAUCACCGCUGACCCAUUACUCAAGCAACGUACCCAGUGAUUAUAGUGAAAAUUUGUAUAUUGAAGUUUUAGCGCCUACCACAAGCGCCAAUGAUCAACAUGUGCGCCACAGUAGCGGCAGCGAUGAUGAGAGUGAAGAAAGCGAUCUAGACCACAAUGCGGAGAUCGAGUCCGUUAUUUGGCAACACAAUGUCACAAAGCAGCUGACAAGAUACAAUUGUGAUAUGAAUAUCGAGUGGGGGGAGGGGUUAUUGCUUACCCCUGAUAUUGAGUAUAAAAUCAGACUUGUGUGGCGUACAGAUGCCUACGGUUCGGAGUAUCCGUGUAGUUUACAAUCCGAUGUCGUGAAUGGUGUAAGUUUUCGGGACGUGCCAAUGCAAUCUGGUAGCCUGGUCAAGGGCUUGCGCUUUACAAAUUUAGUUUAAUAUUUUUCAGGAAUACAAUUCCAAACCCAUGUUAGAUAUAUGUUUAGCUAGCAAUUUGUCUUUAGAUCUGUUCAACAUGAUUUCAAAUAAUUUACGCUAAUUUAUAUAAAGCAAAAUUCUUAACCUCAUCAACAUGCCAGCCGAAAGCCUCCGAGGCUAGCGCUGCAUUAGUUUUAGUUUAUGUAAUAAUUUUAUUGUUAUGUAAGUAAAAAUAAAAUAAAAAUAAAUUUAAAA